AUGGAGAGAAGCCGCAAGCCAGGAAGAGACGCCGGGGGAGGAACCAACCCGGAUGGCACUCUGACCGUGGGCUCCAGAUCCGUGAGACAUCCGUGCCGGCCGUGUGGGCCCCUGGCCCGCAGCCUUCACUGUCAUGGCCGCCCGGGUCCACCGGACAGCGGCCUUUUGGCGGGUCCCCUGGCUGCGGACCCAAGCCUGGGACUGAGUCCUCCCCAUGCCGCUCCUGGUUCAUGGCCCUCUCGCAGAGCCCCCGGGUGGUUGAGUGACCAUCCCGAGCACGGGGAGUGCUCACCCCCACCCCCCAGUCCGGGCCAGGCCAGUGAACUUCAUGGCCAAGCCCCGCUGCUCACCCCGGCCGGGGGCUCUGGCCACCAGCCCCUCCUGCCCACAAACAGCCCCGAGAACGCAGAGGUCCCCUUCCCCACCUGGGCCCCCAGCUCGCUGGCCUUCUGGGCCUCUGUCCCCCCUCUGCAGAGGUGCCCUCCUCUGCUUGGCACCCCUGCCCCGGAAACCCUCCUAGCUCACUCUAAUCCCCGAGAGCAGGGAGAACGGAGGCUCUCUCCACCCCCGAGACCUCCUAGCUGUGGCCCGUCCACCUCCUUCUCCAGCAUGCUGGAGGCAGGGCUUCCUUCCCUUGCUGCCUCGCCCACUCCUCACCAGGCCCAGGCAAGCCUGCUUCUAACCCGCGCCCCUCGAGGCCAGGCCAACAGCCACUCCUGGCCCGAUGUCUCUGACCCACUCCCGGCCCCUCUUGCUGCCACAGGCAGGCCUGCUGACCCAGUGUUAAACGAGCCUCCCAGGGCGGCUUAUGCUUUCUCAACAGGCUGGUCCUUCCUCCGGGUCUUUCCAGAACUCCUCGGAACUGCCUUCAGGCCUUCCUGCAAACGCGGCAUGUUUACACGGAGCCCUGCUUUGGGCUGCAAACGGGAUGAGGGAUGCACUCUUAGGCCCGCCCUCUUUACCCCUUUGCUUAACGUCUCCCUAGAGUGA